CGAUGAAAUAAAGUGCAAGAAUUAUUAACCAUGUCUCGCGCUAGUUUCGUAUUGCUUGUAAUGAUUGGAGUGCUUUGCAGCACGACUAUUGCACAAAGGCUGUGCCAGAGAAAUGAAGAGUGGAGCACUUGCGGAUUGGCAUGUCCACCAUCUUGUAACUCGCUGCCUAAUCAAGCCUGCACAUUACAAUGCGUGAUAGGAUGCCAAUGUAAAAGUGAAUAUUUGUUAAAUUCUUUAGGAGAAUGUGUGCUCCCUUCAGAAUGUUAGAAAUUAAUUGUAUAUGUAUUUAUUAAAGACUUGACAACUUUUGUUUAACGUCAACAAGAUUUUUACUGAACAUUUUAAUUAAAAAUCAUGCUUGUCGAUAUGCCAACAAGUAUUAACAUGUAUUAGAUGUAAUAUAGCAUAAUUAUUGUUGCUUAUAUAAUUACUAAUUAAU